GCAUCUACGCACUACAAGCCCCCUACGAUAUCCUCAUCGUCUGAUGUCACAGCAGCCAUGCCAGACAUGUCUCAACGAGGAACGAGCAAAGUUGUAUCUAAUGGCGUCCAGUCGCUCUACAGGAGGGGCAGUAAGGAAGAAUUUGUGAGCUUCAGUGAGAUGGAAACAUCGACCGAAGCUCGUGUCGAGAAACCUAAGUGUGCGGCAGCACGUGCUGAUCAGGAACGCAAGGAGCGCGACAAUGUCGCGCAGAUCCUGACGCGAUGUCGCGGCGUCAUGCGCGUGCCCACACGCGGGGUGAACUUGUAUAUGGGGUACAUGGACACCUUGACUGAGAUAAUCGCAUAG